AUGUCUUCCACCUUGUGUAAUCUCCAUCCCCCCUUCACAUUUCCAAUUCAGCAAACAAAAAUCCGAUUAAAAUCCCAUUAUAGAAUUCUGCUUUUUCCUCAUAAAAACUCCCAACUGCAAUUUUUCAAUUCGAAUAGAAUAUUUCAUCACCCUUCUUCAAUACAAUCGGUUUCAGUUAAUGGGUACCCUGUAAAUGAGGAGGAAGAGGGCUCCUUGAAAGGAUACGAGGAAGGAGGGUUGAAGAAAUGGGUUGAGUUUGUACGGGAUAUAUUGCCUGGUGGGGAGUGGUGGAGUCUGUCGAAUGAGGGCGUUGAUGGUGUGAUGGUGGCGAAACCUGUGACUGUUUUGAGGGCGCUGAAAAAGAUGUGGGAAUUGAUAGCUCAAGAUCGAUGGGUUAUCUUUACUGCAUUUGCUGCCCUCAUUCUCACUGCUCUUUCUGAAAUCUCCAUUCCACACUAUCUUACUGCAUCAAUUUUUGCUGCACAAAGUAGUAAGAUUGCAGUUUUCCACCAGAAUGUGCGCCUUUUGGUUCUGCUGUGUAUCACUGCGGGAAUAUGCAGUGGCGUACGAGGUGCAUUGUUUGGAAUUGCAAAUAUGAUCCUGGUCAAGCGAAUGAGGGAACAAUUAUACUCAACACUUCUUCUUCAGGAUAUAUCUUUUUUCGACUCUGAAACAGUUGGUGGUUUGACUAGUAGGCUUGGGUCAGACUGUCAACAAGUGUCGCGUGUGAUAGGAAAUGACUUAAACCUGAUAUUUCGUAAUGUUCUUCAGGGAACGGGUGCUUUGGUGUACUUGUUGAUUUUGUCACGUCCACUUGGACUGUGUAUAUUGGCCACUUGUGUCACUCUCUCAACCAUCAUGGUUAUAUAUGGCCGGUAUCAAAAGCAAUCUGCUAAAUUGAUUCAAGAAAUCACUGCUUCUGCUAAUGAAGUUGCACAGGAGACAUUCUCUUUGAUGAGAACUGUACGAGUUUAUGGAACAGAGCAACAAGAACUUGGAAGAUAUCGAGAAUGGUUGGAGAAAUUAGCUGGCAUAAGCUUAAAACAAAGUGCUGCAUAUGGAGUUUGGAACUUCAGCUUCAACACACUCUAUCACUCAACACAGGUUAUUGCCGUGCUGAUAGGAGGAAUGUCUAUUCUGGCUGGCCAUAUAACUGCAGAGCAACUUACAAAGUUCAUUUUAUACAGUGAAUGGCUAAUCUAUUCAACCUGGUGGGUUGGUGAUAAUUUGUCAUCAUUGAUGCAGUCUGUUGGAGCCAGUGAAAAAGUUUUUCAGUUGAUGGAUCUUUCACCUAGCAAUCAGUUUACCGCAAAAGGAUCAAAGUUGCAAAGAUUGAUGGGGCGAAUUGAAUUUCGGGAUGUAAGCUUUCACUAUCCUACAAGAACUGAGGUACCCGUAUUACAACAUUUCAACUUUGUUGUCUGUCCUGGGGAAGUAGUUGCCAUAGUUGGCCUUAGUGGUAGUGGGAAGAGCACUGUAGUAAAUCUUCUGCUCCGCCUUUACGAGCCCACAAAUGGCAAGAUACUGAUUGAUGGCUACCUACUCAAAGAACUGGAUAUUGAGUGGUUUAGAGAAAGAAUUGGAUAUGUGGGACAGGAACCCCGACUCUUCCGCAUGGAUGUCGGUUCGAACAUAAGAUAUGGAUGUUCCCGAGACGUUAGUCAGCAGGAUGUGGAAUGGGCUGCCAAGCAGGCCUUUGCCCAUGACUUCAUCUUGUCUCUGCCCAAUGGAUACCAAACACUUGUUGAUGAUGAUUUGCUCAGUGGAGGACAAAAGCAGCGAAUUGCUAUUGCCCGGGCACUUCUUAGAGACCCAAGCCUUUUAAUCCUUGAUGAAGCUACGAGUGCUCUAGAUGCGGAAAGUGAACACAACAUCAAGGGCGUUCUUCGAGCAUUGCGUAGUGACCUAGAAAUCAAGAGAUCUGUCAUCGUAAUUGCACACAGGCUUUCCACAAUUCAAGCUGCUGACAGAAUAAUAGUGAUGGAGGGUGGUAAAAUUGUCGAGAUGGGCAACCAUACUCAGCUUCUCCACAAGGAUGGCUUGUAUGCACGAUUAACAAGACGACAGGCUGAUGCUUUUGCAUGA